ACUCCGACCCCGCGGCUGGCACCGUCCGCCCGGCGCGCCCGGGACCCCCGAGGAACCCCGAGGCGCCCGGACCUGGCCGCGGGCUCCCGGGGCGUCUCCGGAGCGCGCGAAGACGGGGCGGCAGAGGGUGCGGACCCCGGGCUGCGGGCGCGGCGAUGCCAGCAUGAUGUUUUACUCAGGCCGGAUGUGGAGCUGCCAUUGGAAAUGGAAACCAAGUUCUCUUCUGUUUCUACUGGCUUUGCAUAUCAUAUAUGGUCCUCAUACAGUAUUGGGAUGUACCAACUGCAGGAUUGUCCUAUCCAACCCAUCUGGAACCUUCACUUCUCCGUGCUACCCCAAUGACUAUCCCAACAGCCAAGCUUGUAUGUGGACCCUCCGAGCUCCAACUGGCUAUAUCAUUCAGAUAACCUUUAAUGACUUCGACAUUGAAGAAGCUCCCAAUUGCAUUUAUGACUCAUUAUCCCUUGAUAAUGGAGAGAGCCAGACCAAAUUUUGUGGAGCAACAGCCAAAGGCCUGUCAUUUAACUCAAGUGCAAAUGAAAUGCAUGUGUCCUUUUCAAGUGACUUUAGCAUCCCAAAGAAAGGUUUCAAUGCCAGCUACAUCAGAGUUGCUGUGUCCUUACGAAAUCAAAAAGUCAUUUUACCCCAGACACUAGAUGCUUACCAGAUCUCUGUUGCAAAGAGUGUCUCUAUUCCAGAACUCAGUGCUUUCACACUUUGCUUUGAAGCAACCAAAAUUGGCAAGGAGAACAAUGAAUGGACAGCUUUCUCCUACUCAGAUGCAUCACUCACCCAGUUACUCAGUUUUGGAAAAGACAAGAGUGGUUACUUUCUAUUUAUUUCUGGCUCAAAAUGCUUGCUAAACAGUGUUUUACCUGUAAAGGACAAAGAAGACAUUUUUACAGAAAGCUUUGAGCAGCUCUGCAUGGUUUGGAAUAAUUCUUUGGGCUCUAUUGGUAUAAAUUUCAAAAGAACCUAUGAAGCAUUUUCAUGUGAUUCUACCAUUAGUAAAGUUAUUCCUGGGAAUGGGAAAUUGUUGUUGGGCUCCAAUCAAAAUGAAAUUGCCUCUCUAACAGGGGACAUUUAUAACUUUAGACUUUGGAAUUUCACCAUGAAUUCCAAAAUCCUCUCCAAUCUCAGUUGUAAUGUGAAAGGGAAUGUGGUCGACUGGCAAAAUGAAUUUUGGAAUAUACCAACUCUAGCUCUCAAAGCUGAAAGCAACUUAAGCUGUGGUUCCUACCUGAUCCCACUUCCGGCAGCAGAACUGGCCAGCUGUACAGAUUUGGGGACACUCUGUCAAGAUGGAAUUUUAUACAGAAUUUCCGUAGUGAUUCAAAACCUGCUGGGUCACCCUGAGGUAAAAGUGCAGAACAAAGUGGCAGAAUGGCUCAACUCAACUUUUCAAAAUUGGAACUACACUGUUUAUGUGGUUAAUAUCAGUUUUCAUCUAAGCAUGGGCGAGGACAAGAUUAAAGUCAAGAGAAGCAUUGUGGAUGAACAAAGGUUGAAGAUUUGGGCCCUCCUAGUAUACAAUGCUACUAGCAACCCUACUUUAGAAGGAAGCAUCAUUCAGCAAAAGCUCUUAAAAAGUAAUGAUUCACUAGAUGAGGGUUUGAGGCUAUAUACAGUGAAUGUGAGACCAUUGGCAGCUUUCUGUCCUGAAGAAGAAAAUCCCCCUGGCUAUCUCUGGCCAAUGAUCUCACCUUCUACAUUCCCACAGGAGUGCAAACAGAAGAAUGGCUUUUUUGCUUCCCGGACAUGUCGUCAAAAUUCUGCCAAUGCAUCUUUAGCCUUCUGGGACCCUCCUGAUCUCUCCAAUUGCUCAAGGGAAGCAAGUGAAGUUGCCAAUGAAAUUCUAAACUUAACUAGUGAUGGGCAGACCUUGAAUUCAGCCAAUAUUAGCAGCAUUGUAGAGCAGGUCAAAAGAAUUGUGAAUAAAGAGGAAAACAUUGAUAUAACACUUGGAUCAACUUUAAUGAAUAUAUUUUCUAAUAUAUUAACCAGUUCAGACAGUGAUUUGCUUGAAUCUUCUUCUGAAGCUUUAAAAACAAUUGAUGAGUUGGCUUUCAAGAUAGACCUAAAUAGCACAUCACAUGUAAACAUCACAACUCGAAAUUUGGCUCUGGGCGUAUCAUCCUUGUCCCCAAAGACAAAUGAAAUUUCAAAUUUUAGCAUUGGUCUUCCAAGCAACAAUGACUCUUAUUUUCAGAUGGAUUUUGAAAAUGAACAAAUGGAUUCACUGGCUUCAGUAAUUUUGCCUCCAAACUUACUUGAUAAUUUAAGUCAAGAAGAUUAUGAAUUAGUUAAAAGAGCACAGUUCACUUUCUUCAAUAAAACUGGACUUUUCCAGGAUGUAGGAACCACUCAAGGUUCCUUAGUGAGUUAUGUGAUGGCAUGCAGUAUUGGAAACAUUACUAUCCAGAAUCUGAAGGACCCUGUUCAGAUUAAAAUCAAACACACCAGAGCUCAGCCAGUGCCUCAUUCCAUCUGUGCCUUCUGGGAUCUGAAUAAAAACGAAGGUUCUGGAUUUUGGAAUACUUCUGGCUGUGUUGCACAGAGAGAUUUGGAAGCACCUGAAACAAUCUGCUUGUGUAACCACCUCACACACUUUGGAGUUUUAAUGGAUCUUCAAGGAACUGCCUCACAGAUAGAUGCAAGAAACACUAAAAUUCUCACUUUCAUCACUUACAUUGGGUGUGGAAUUUCUGCUAUUUUUUCAGCAGCAACUCUUCUGACAUAUGUUGCUUUUGAAAAAUUACGAAGGGACUAUCCCUCCAAAAUCUUGAUGAACCUAUGUACAGCCUUGCUUUUUCUAAACCUCACCUUUCUUUUGGAUGGCUGGAUAACCUCAUUUGAUGUGUCUGGACUUUGUACUGCGACCGCAGCCCUCCUGCACUUCUUCCUUCUUGCUACCUUUACAUGGAUGGGGUUAGAAGCCAUUCACAUGUACAUUGCUCUGGUUAAAGUAUUCAACACUUACAUUCGCAGAUAUAUACUGAAAUUCUGCCUCGUUGGCUGGGGUUUGCCUGCCCUGGUAGUGUCAAUUGUCUUAGCCAGCAGAGACCAAAAUGAGGUCUAUGGAAGAAAAAGUUAUGGAAAAGAACAAAGUGAUGAAUUUUGUUGGAUUCAGGAUCCAAUUGUAUUUUAUGUGACCUGUGCUGGAUAUUUUGGAGUCAUGUUUUUCCUCAAUGUCGCCAUGUUCAUUGUGGUGUUGGUGCAAAUUUGCGGAAGGAAUGGCAAGAGAAGCAACAGGACCUUGCGUGAAGAGGUUUUAAGAAAUCUGCGCAGUGUGGUCAGCCUGACAUUUUUACUGGGCAUGACAUGGGGCUUUGCUUUUUUUGCCUGGGGACCUUUAAAUAUUCCUUUCAUAUACCUCUUUGCCAUCUUCAACUCAUUACAAGGCUUGUUUAUAUUUGUGUUCCACUGUGCUAUGAAGGAGAACGUACAAAAACAGUGGAGGCGACAUCUCUGUUGUGGUAGAUUUCGAUUAGCAGAUAACUCAGAUUGGAGUAAGACUGCUACCAAUAUCAUCAAGAAAAGUUCUGAUAAUCUUGGAAAAUCUUUGUCCUCAAGCUCCAUUGGUUCUAACUCAACCUACCUUACAUCUAAAUCUAAAUCUAGCUCUACUACCUACUUCAAAAGGAAUAGUCAUACUGACAAUGCUUCCAUGGACAAGGCCUCUUCAAAACUGACCCAUGUUGAUGGAGAGCAAACAUCAAUCAUCCCUGUUCAUCAGGUCAUUGAUAAGGUUAAGGGUUACUGUAGUGCUCAUUCAGAUAACUUCUAUAAAAAUAUUAUCAUGUCAGAUACUUUUAGCCAUAGCACAAAGUUCUAAUGACUCUAAUAGAAGUGGAAUCAGAAAUGUGAAGACCUGUGAUCAGUGAAAACUAGGAGCAGUAGAUGCUAUUGUCUAGAAUUCUUCAGCUCUGUUUCUUUUUUCUCAAGGAUACUUUAUCAAAUUCAAAAACCUGUUUUCAGUAUAUUUACUAUGGGGACUUUUGUAUAAUUUUCCCCAAGCUGUAAAG